UCUUAAAUCUCUCUUGAUUCCCAAACGAUCCCAUUUCUUAACCCUCUUCUCUUUCCUUGCCUGUAUCUCACACAAAGCAAUUACAAACACCAAAACCUAUAUAUAUAAAAGCUUCACACUACUUCAAGCAAAUCACCAAGCUAUGGAGGCAAAGAUCGGUAAGUUCUUCGAUUCCGUCGGCUCCUUCUUCUCCGGUGGCGAUCAGAUCCCCUGGUGCGACCACGACAUCAUCUUAGGCUGCGAGAGAGAGGUUGCGGAAGCUGCUAAGGGUGAGUCAGAUGAGCUUAAGAGUGAGAGCAUUAUGCGGUUGUCGUGGGCUCUUGUUCAUUCUAAGCGACCAGAAGAUGUGCAGCGUGGAAUAGCUAUGCUUGAAGCAUCAUUGUCGAAUAGUAGCUCUCCUUUACAACAGCGGGAAAAGAUUUAUCUUCUGGCUGUUGGAUAUUACAGAAAUGGUGAAUAUUCAAGGAGCCGACAGCUUGUGGACCAAUGCUUGGAGGUUGCACCUGACUGGAGGCAGGCUCUGGUCCUCAAGAAGACACUUGAAGAUAAAAUUGCUAAAGAUGGCAUUAUUGGAAUAGGCAUCACUGCUACUGCUGUGGGACUCAUAGCUGGUGGAAUUGCUGCUGCACUGUCUCGCAAGAAAUGAUAAAAUCUUGGUCGCAACAAUGUGCAAAAGGAUAUGCUUCUGUGGCUUUUUCUCUCUCUCUUUUACAUCUUUUCUUUUGAAACAUAGAAGAACGUUUAAACUAGUCGCAUAUGGUCAAGUUGUAGCGUAACAAUGUUUAAAAUUCUGUACAAAUACCUAUAUAUGUUUUGCUUUCUUGAUUUGGAUUCAGACUUACUUUCAUAUGUAGAUUGAGCUCUGAGAUAUGAAAUCGUGUUGCUUUCUUGUUGAGCUGAA